CGCAGCUCUUCUUGCGCAUGUGCAGUACCCGCUCCCCCUUCCUCCCCAAAGGUCAGCAGUCUCUUGGUCAUCCCUGUACUGUCUGCAGGCUCUGGUCAUCCCCUGUACUGUCUGCAGUCUCUGGUCAUCAGUACUGUGUGCGCAGUCUGUGGUCAUCCCAUGUUCUGUAUGCAGUCUCUGGUCAUCUGUACUGUGUCGGCAGUCUCUGGUCAUCCCCUGUACUGUCUGCAGUCUCUGGUCAUCUCCUGUACUGUCUGCAGUCUCUGGUCAUCUGUACUGUGUCCGCA